CCUCUCGGACAUUCGAGCCCAAGUGCGCCGUCAGAUGUGGUGCAGCUGCUGUUCCAGCUCGGCAGCGCGCAAGGCCCAAAGGAAGGUGCACCCGCUGAAUCAAGACAAGCUAGGGGCCCCCGUAGGGUUCGCGAACAACCCAGUGCCCAUGGAGCUCUACCACAUGGACGCCAGCCCACCGUGCCGCGCUGUGCGCAUGGUGGCCAGGCACCUCAAUCUCAGUCUGAACCUCAUCCCAGUCAACUUCAUGGCUGGCGAGCACAUGACGCCCCAGUUUAGAAAGAUCAAUCCUCAGUCCGUCUUGCCGACGCUGGUCGACGAUGGCUUUGUCCUUUGGGAAAGUCGUGCAGUAUUGACGUACCUGGUGAACCGGUACGUACCUCACAGCCCCUUGUACCCAACCGAUCCGCGCUCUAGAGCUUCAGUGGAGCGUCUCCUUUACUUCGACAUGGGUACCCUCUUCGAUGCAUGCCAUAAAAUACUGUACCCGGUGAUAUUCGGCGGACCACUGCCGGAUUCCGAGCAGGAGAAGCCGCUGGUGCGUGCGUUGGACCUUCUCGGAGGGUUUCUCGGCGAGAACAAGUUUCUGUCGGGCGACGACGUCACCCUGGCGGAUAUUUCUAUCCUGGCUACACUCACAGUGACUGAGGCGAGUUUAUCUCCAGUUGGUCAAAAAUAUUCGCGUUGCACCGAUUAUGAACUGAACCGCUUUCCCGUCGUCCUGGACUACUACGAGCGACUGAAAUCUUCGCUGCCUUACUACAAUGAAAUCAACGACCUUGGAAUGCAACAAAUGCGAGGCAUCCGCAGCCAAGGCAACUCCAAGUAGAGUAAUGACAAUGGCGGAUGCUUCCACGAAGGCGCUUCUCAGUUCUGCGAUUUCGCUCGUAGAACGAGGACAAGACUUGCUCUCAUUCUGGACAGGG